ACUGUUCAACUAACUCUGGCCUACAUUUCAUCUAUAAUUAGAAACUCCCCCUCUUCCCUCUCUCUGUUUCUCUUUCAUUUCCCCAUAAUAACCUCUCUUUAAAACAGAGUAUCUUCUCGUAAUAGUCCUUUAGUAUAAUGAUUAUUUGAAGUUCCAAUGUUUGUCAGUUUUUGAUGCAUAAAAAUUAUAGACAAUUUUCUGGUUUUGAAUUUUGAUACAAUUUAAAUGACUAAAAUCUUUAGAUCUCUGUUAUUUUGCUCUGUUUUGAUUCCUCUGUUUUUGCUUUCCUCUGCUCAAUCAUGCAACAACUAUGCCUUUGCAAGUAACAAAGUGUUCAGUGCAUGCACUGAUCUUCCAUGUCUGAAUGCUUUUCUUCAUUGGACUUACAACCCAUCUUCUGGAACUGCCCAAAUCGCGUAUCGACACGCUGGAAUUACCUCUUCAAGUUGGGUUGCGUGGGCCAUCAAUCCAGAAUCUCGAGCCAUGAUUGGGUCACAGGCUCUUGUCGCUUUCCAAAAAUCCGACGGAUCAAUGAGUGUUUACACGUCGCCGCUGGGUAGUUACAAGACCACUUUGCAGAUGGGGAAUUUGAGUUUUGCUGUCUCAGAUUUGUCGGCUAUGUAUUCGAACAGUGAAAUUGUCAUUUUUGCUACUUUAACACUGCCAAGCAAUAUGACUACUGUGAACCAGGUUUGGCAAGACGGUCCAGUUUCCAAUGACUCUCCUCAAAUGCAUGAUAUCACCGUCUCUGGUCCUCAUGUCCGGUCAAUGGCCACUCUUAAUCUUCUUUCUGGACAAUCUAGAACAACAGAAGCAGGUGGAGCGGUGAAUUCAAAAAUCAAGAGAAGGAAUAUUCAUGGAGUGUUGAAUGCAAUCAGUUGGGGCAUCUUAAUGCCUCUUGGUGUUAUGAUUGCGAGGUACUUGAAGGUAUUUGAAUCCGCAGACCCUGCAUGGUUCUAUCUUCAUGUUACUUGCCAAACCUCGGCCUACAUAGUUGGUGUUGCUGGAUGGGCAACCGGUCUCCAACUCGGAAAUGAUUCCCCUGGCAUCCAAUACACUGCUCAUAGAACAAUUGGUAUUGUUUUGUUCUGUCUAGCAACCCUUCAGGUGCUUGCUUUGCUUCUGAGGCCAAAAAAAGAUCACAAAUACAAAUCAUACUGGAACAUCUAUCACCACUCGGUUGGAUACACAGUGAUCAUCCUUAGCAUCAUCAACAUAUUCAGGGGAUUCAGCAUCUUGAGGCCGGAGAAGAAUUGGAAAAAAGCUUACAUUGGCAUCAUCGUAGUUUUGGCCGCCAUUGCUGCAUUCUUGGAAGGUUAUGCAUGGAUCAUAGUUGCAAAAAGGAAGAAGUCCACGAGCUCAGAGAAGCUCCCACAUCGCUUGAAUGGUGCUAGGACACAACAAAACCGCGUAGAAUAGAGAAAUUCCAUGGUUUUCAAUUAUAUUUAUACUCUUUAUGUUGUAUUAACUAGUAUGUUGUUGCAUUGCCUUAUUUAUGCAUACCAUUUAUACAUUGUGGGUGAGAGUUCCGGGUGAGGAUAUAGUUGUUGCAGGAUUGUUAGUGUAGUUAUGUUUCGAUAGCCACAUGUAUUUGUUUCUUAUAUAUUAUAUCUAUUUUUGUAUUU